CCCGCCCUCCGGUCCGCGUCGCCUUUUCUCGCCCUGCCCGGGCCAGGCAGCCACAGCGAGCUCGGCCGAGAACGUGGCCCCGGCGGCCUCGGGCCUCGGGUCACCGGCGCGCCCCGGAGGGCAGCGCUUCGACAGCGCCCGCCGCCCGCGGGCUGCCUCUCGGCGGCCGAGCCUUCGUCGCCGGCGCCCGGCGUUCUCCUGGGGCGGGCGUGUCUGGGCUCCGAGCAUCCUCCCCCAGAUCCGGCCCUGCCGACCCUCGGCGCCGAGACCGGACGGUGGGGCCAGAGAAGGCGCGCGCGCGAGGCAGCCCUCCCCUCCCGCAGGAGGUCCCGGCGCCGGCGAGGACCCCCCCGCCCUCCCGCCCCGCAGCACCCGGGAGGCGGCCGCGCCGGGAGAGCCCGCGCCGGGAGACGCCCACGCCCGGGGAGCCCGUGCCCGGGGAGCCCGCCCGGCGGGUGCCCCCGGGUUCGCGGUCACCCGCCGCCGGGGGCGUUCGGAGCCCCUGGGGUCCGCAGGCCCGCCCCCGGAGGACCGCGGUUUCCUGAACUCCCUUCCUUCGCCUGGGUUGGGGCCCAGCCCAGCCUCCAACGCUGUGAGAGAGGAGUGACACGAAAAAGGAAGAGGAAAUUCAGUGUUGCUGAAAGUGGAAUUAUUUUCCUCAGUUGGUGGGAUAUUUUCAUGAUUGCAAGAAGAGCACCAAGAGAUUGACAACGCCAGAUGCUUUCAGAGGUACAGACAGACUUGAUGAAAGAAGAUUUGUAAAGACUUUAGAAAGAAGUUUGAAGUGAAGGCAGAAAUUUUGAUCUUAUUUGUCCACCAUGUAGGACUUUGACCACUUGUUCAGAAUAUUUUUCUCCCCAAAAUGGAAGAAAAAAAACAGUUGACAAACCAUUAUGCUUGAGGCUCUGUGAGAACUAAUAAUGAAUUCUGCCAGCUCUGAGAAUGACAAUACUUUAUCAUCUUCUUUUGGGGAACAGACAGAAACGUACCUUGUGUGUGGUUAAUUUAAUCACUAAGAAUGGUUUCUUGUUCUAUAUGCUAAAUAAUGACUUCAUUUGAAUUUUGGAAUUUUUUUUUUGUUUUCUCUUUUCACAUGACCUUUCAUGUUAAUUAGAUUUACAUAAAGAGAAUAAAUGCUGGGUUCAUUGUAUUUUCUGACUACACUGAUGUUUUCUGUGCAUUAUGGAGAUAUUGGAGGCAUUACUAUUCCUUGAAGUUUUGUUUUAUUGGGAGCAAAACUGUGCCAGGGACACAGACAUGCUAUAUAAUUUUCUCUUUAUAGCAACUUUCCUGGCCUUGGAUGAGCUGACUGUCACCUGGAUUUCACAGCCUGUGAGGUAUAAAGUCUGUUUUCUCUAGAUCUUUAACUUAUGACUCAUAGUAACCAGAUGGGAAACUCACUGAACACUGUGCUCAACCCGAAUGCCUAAGGAAAAGAUCUUCCCCAUGGAUCAUGGCGUUAAUGUUUACAGGACACUUCCUAUUUUUAACCUUGACGAUGUGUAGUUUGUCUACUUGUGAAGAAUCUGUGAGCAAUUAUUCUGAAUGGGCAGUUUUCACAGAUGAUAUGCAAUGGUUUAAGACACAGAAAGUACAAGAUCUCAAACCGAACCAAAAACUUCAUCCAAGCUUAUAUUUUGAUGCUGGAGAUAUACAGACAAUGAAACAAAAAUCUCGUACAAGCCAUUUGCAUCUUUUUAGAGCUAUCAAAAGUGCAGUGACGAUUAUGCUGUCCAACCCAUCAUACUACCUACCUCCACCCAAGCAUGCUGAUUUUGCUGCCAAGUGGAAUGAAAUAUAUGGUAAUAACCUUCCUCCUUUAGCAUUGUACUGUUUAUUAUGUCCAGAAGACAAAGUUGCCUUUGAAUUUGUCAUGGAGUACAUGGACAGGAUGGUUAGCUACAAAGACUGGCUGGUUGAGAAUGCACCAGGGGAUGAGGUCCCAGUUGGCCAUUCUUUAACAGGCUUUGCCACUGCCUUUGACUUUUUAUAUAAUCUGUUAGGUAAUCAUAGAAAACAAAAAUACCUAGAAAAAAUAUGGAUCGUUACUGAGGAAAUGUAUGAAUAUUCCAAGAUUCGUUCAUGGGGCAAGCAACUUCUUCAUAACCACCAAGCUACAAACAUGGUGGCGUUACUCAUAGGGGCCUUGGUUACUGGAGUAGAUAAAGAAUCUAAAGCAUACAUAUGGAAACAAGUUGUUGUUGAUGUGAUGGAAAAGACUAUGUUUCUUUUGAACCAUAUUGUAGAUGGCUCUUUGGAUGAAGGUGUGGCCUAUGGAAGCUAUACGUCCAAAUCAGUUACACAGUAUGUUUUCUUGGCACAACGCCAUUUUAACAUCAACAACUUGGAUAAUAACUGGUUAAAAAUGCACUUUUGGUUUUAUUAUGCUACACUUUUGCCGGGCUAUCAAAGAACUGUAGGCAUAGCAGAUUCCAAUUAUAAUUGGUUUUAUGGUCCAGAGAGCCAGCUAGUUUUCCUGGAUAAGUUUGUUUUAAGGAAUGGAGCUGGAAAUUGGUUAGCUCAGCAAAUUAGAAAGCAUCGACCUAAGGAUGGGCCAAUGGUCCCUUCCACUGCGCAAAGGUGGAGUACCCUUCAUACUGAAUACAUUUGGUAUGAUCCAAAGCUCACUCCACAGCCUCCUGCUGACUUUGGCACUGCAAAAAUGCACACAUUUCCUAACUGGGGUGUUGUGACCUACGGCGGUGGCUUACCAAACACACAGACCAAUACCUUUGUGUCUUUUAAAUCUGGGAAACUAGGGGGACGAGCUGUGUAUGACAUAGUUCACUUUCAGCCCUAUUCCUGGAUUGAUGGAUGGAGAAGCUUUAAUCCAGGACAUGAACAUCCAGAUCAAAAUUCAUUUACUUUUGCCCCCAAUGGGCAAGUAUUUGUUUCCGAGGCUCUUUAUGGACCGAAGCUGAGCCACCUUAACAAUGUAUUGGUGUUUGCCCCAUCACCGUCUAGCCAGUGUAAUCAGCCCUGGGAAGGUCAGCUGGGAGAAUGCACACAGUGGCUCAGGUGGACUGGUGAAGAGGUUGGUGAUGCAGCUGGGGAAGUUGUUACCGCCUCUCAACAUGGAGAAAGGAUGUUUGUGAGCGGGGAAGCAGUAUCUGCCUAUUCCUCAGCAAUGAGACUGAAAAGUGUCUAUCGUGCUUUGCUUCUUUUAAAUUCUCAGACGCUGCUUGUUGUUGAUCAUAUUGAAAGGCAAGAAGCUUCCCCAAUAAAUUCUGUCAGUGCCUUCUUUCAUAAUUUGGACAUCGAUUUUAAAUACAUCCCAUACAGGUUUAUGAAUAGGUAUAACGGGGCCAUGAUGGAUGUGUGGGAUGCACACUAUAAAAUGUUUUGGUUUGAUCACCAUGGCAACAGUCCUGUGGCUAAUAUACAGGAAGCAGAACAGGCUGCUGAAUUUAAGAAAAGGUGGACUCAGUUUGUUAAUGUUACAUUUCCUAUGGAAUCCACAAUUACAAGAAUUGCUUACGUAUUUUAUGGUCCGUAUGUCAAUGUUUCCAGCUGCAGAUUUACUGACAGUUCCGGUUCUGGACUUCAGAUUUCUCUAAAUGUCAAUAAUACUGAACAUAGUGUUUCUGUUGUCACUGACUACCAAAACCUGAAAAGCAGAUUUAACUACCUGGGAUUUGGUGGUUUUGCUAGCGUGGCUAAUCAAGACCAUAUAACCCGAUUUGGUUUGGGCACUCAAGCAAUAGCAAACACUGUAAGACAUGACAGAGUUGUUUUCCCCUUUGGGUUUAAAUUUAAUAUAGCAGUUGGAUUCAUUUUAUGUAUUAGUUUGGUUAUUUUAACUUUUCAAUGGCGGUUUUACCUUUCCUUUAAAAAGCUAAUGCGCUGUGUAUUAAUGCUUGUUAUUGCCUUGUGGUUUAUUGAGCUUCUGGAUGUGUGGAGCAAUUGCACUCAGCCCAUCUGUGCAAAAUGGACAAGGACUAAAGCCAAGGCGAACGAGAAGGCCACAAUUUCUGAAGGGCAUCCCGUGGAUCUCCCUGAUGUUGUUAUAACCUCACUCCCUGGUUCAGGAGCUGAAAUUCUCAAACAGCUUUUCUUCAACAGUAGUGAUUUCCUCUACAUCAAAAUUCCUACAGCCUACAUGAGUAUCCCUGAAACUGAAUUUGAACUUGACUCAUUUGUCGAUGCUUGUGAGUGGAAAGUCUCAGAUAUCCACAGUGGUCACUUUCGUCUUCUUCGGGGGUGGCUGCUGUCUUUGGUCCAGGACACAAAACUUCAUUUGCAGAACAUCCAUCUACAUGAAUCCAGUCGAAAUAAAGCGGCCCAGUAUUUUACAGCUAAUAAGGACAGAAAACGAAAAUUGAAAAGGAGGGAGUCUUUGCAAGAACAAGGAAGUAGAAUGAAAGGGACUUUUGACAGAGACGCUGAAUACAUACGGGCUUUGAGGAGACACCUAGUUUAUUACCCAAAUGCCCGUCCUGUGCUCAGCUUAAGUAGUGGCAUCUGGACAUUGAAGCUUCACUUUUUUCAGGAAGUUUUAGGAACUUCAUUGCGGGCAUUGUACAUAGUAAGAGACCCUCGAGCUUGGAUCUAUUCAAUGCUAUAUGGUAGCAAACCAAGUCUUUAUUCUUUGAAGAAUGUGCCAGAGCACUUAGCAAAGCUGUUUAAGAUAGAGGAAGGUAAAAGCAAAUGUAACGUGAAUUCAGGCUAUGCUUUUGAGUAUGAAUCACUGAAGAAAGCAUUAGAAACAUCCCAAUCAAAUACUGUCUCCUUAUUAUCUCAUCUGUGGCUAGCAAACACUGCAGCAGCCUUGAGAAUAAAUACAGAUUUAAUGCCUACCAGCUACCAUCUGGUCAAGUUUGAAGACAUUGUUCAUUUUCCUCAGAAGACUACUGAAAGGAUUUUUGCUUUUCUUGGAAUUCCUUUGUCUCCUGCCAGUUUAAACCAAAUACUGUUUGCUACAUCCACAAACCUUUUUUAUCUUCCUUAUGAGGGAGAAAUAUCACCAUCUAAUACUAAUAUUUGGAAAAAAAACUUGCCUAGAGAUGAAAUUAAGCUAAUUGAAAACAUCUGCUGGACACUGAUGGAUCGUCUAGGAUAUCCAAAGUUUAUGGACUAAAUGCUGCAGGUCAGCAAAAAUUUGCACUAAUGUGUCCCAACCUACUUUGUGGAUAUGAACUAGAAAAACUUUGUUUAUUCUUGUAUAUGUGUGUAUGUGUGUAGAGAGAGAGUGUGUAUGUGUGUGUGUGUGUUCAGUCUGUUAUUUGCACAGAGAGAUAUUUUAAAUAGGCACCAUAUUUGGCCUAGCAGGAUGUAUUUUUUAUGUUACCACUUUCCUUGCCUUGGUUUCUGAAUUUUUUUCUGCUAAAAUGUUUCUGCUACAGAGGUAUAUAUUAUGGGGGCCUGGGAAUAUGGGAAGAUUUUAAUGGAUUUUAACUCACCUUUGGAAAUUGUUAAUUUAUCUUGGGACCUCAAACACUACAAAAGGCCUUGCAACUGCUGCUUUAUCUAGUCAUCUCUUGUUCUUAAGAUGGACUACAAAUUUUUGUUAUGUUUUGAGAAGGUCUAACACUUAUCUUGCACAAAGAAAAAGAAAUAAAAAAGAAAAAAAAAUAUUUUGUGUAAUGUUCAGUGAAAUCACUGGGAAAUGAUAAAAGUUCCUUCUAGAACUUUUAGAAAAUAUAGAGGAAAAUAUAGAAUAAAGUUUUUUUGUCUUGCUUAAGAAAUAAAGGCUGUGGACAAUGCAUGAUGAAAUUUGGUGAACUGCUUUGAAAAUGGUUCUUUCACAUGUGCCUCCCUGAAGCUACAGCUGUUCACUGUCACACAAAGCCCACCCUAUCUAGCCUUUUUGUCAUUGUCAACAACAACAAAAUCAGUAGUUUUUACCUACAAACUACUUGCUUUGAAAGUCCCAACAUGCCUGUUUCUCCAAUAAUUAAUUUGUGUUAAAGACUGACACAGACAAUCAAAUUUAGUUGUGUGGCAUUACCGGUUUAUGACUCAAAGCAUCAGUAGUCUGCUGCCACUGGUUUGUUUUUUUUUUUUUUUUUUUGUGGGGGCGUUGGGGAGUGAUGACUAGAAAUAGAAUUAAAAAGCUGCCUGUUUUCUUUUGGGUAAAUGUACAGGCUGCCAGUGUCUGCAAAAGUUGAAAGCAAUUGAGAGAUGAUGUCAGAGGGAUCUGUUCCCUUUACCAUCUGCAUCUUGUUAUAAAUGUAGUCAACAUAAAAUGUGGCUCAUUUUACUUAGUUUCUCAAAUCAAAAAUGCUCUGCUAUUAUAAGCCAGUGGAGUAAUUACAAUGUGUUGGGUGAACAUUAUCAGGCAGCAUUGAGAUUUCAUAAUCUAUGCAGAUUGCAGGCUUUUUCCUGAUGUUUCAAACUACAGUUUCUUUAAGCUCUCUAACAUUUGGAGUCUGUCACUCUGACCUAGAUAAAGUGGUUUUUGUCUCAGUAGUUUGUUACUAUGUCUAACUGUGCCUCCUGAGUGAUAAAGCUGAGGGUUUGUAACAUUCCAACAGUACUUAACUUGACUGUCACUUCUAUUAUGGCCUGAGUGGAGAUUGCUCUGUGUCUCCUGUUAUUUGUUUUUCACAUAUAGGACUUAUAAUCUUGCCUUCAUGGUAAAAUGAGUAGAAUUUAAUAUAGAUUGAAGUCUUAAGUCUACAUUUUUAUUUUCAAGGAGGAUUAAUCUAUCUCACUUUUGUCAACAUGCAUGUAAAAUUGCUACAUCGAUGAUAACACUAUUUCCAUUAUUGGUCAGUCUCACUAUUUGAUUUCAAUUCCCAGAAUAUGAUCUCAAGUUAGAUCAAAUAGAGAAGCUCUGGGGUGGAAGAGCAGUACCUCACACUGAGGUAGGAUUUAGAAAUGGUGACAGGCACAGAGAAAACAUUGAAAGCUACUUCUGGCUUUCUUUAAAUAUUGUACAGACAUGUACCCAUGGGUGGAAGGUGGUCAAUGGGUUAUGUGAGGAAAAGAGGAAGAAGAGGUUUAGAAAAUAAAGAGUGAGUAAUUUUAAGAUGGGAUAUGGGAAUGUUUUACCGAUAAAUCACAAUGGAUCCCAGCUUUCUCCUUGACAGAGCAAUACAGAGCUAAACUCUCUUACCCCAGAGGAAAUGUGAGACGUCAGACUGUUUCAUUAUUUCCGUAAAGAAAAUCUUCCGAAGAAGACCUUUCAAGUGUCCUCAGAGAAGUAUUGUAUCCAGGAAAGGUAUCAAUUGAACUUGCCUGUGUAUGUCCAUGCAGAACGCUGCUGCCUUACAGUUUGAGUACUUAAGGUGAGUGACACUUUUGGCACAUCUUAGCUCUAAACACCCUCUGAACUUAUUACCAACUUGCAAAUGGAAUUAACAUUUUAAUUGCUUGUGAAGAAUAAGACCCUCUUAAAAUAUCAUAUGUGUUAAAGUCAUUCCUUUAUCAAUGUCCUCCAACUUAAGUCUGGUUGGUACAACUACUUGUUAAAAAACAGUGUUUGAAUUUUGAGAAACUGCUAUCAGAUGACAAUGUAGAGAAACAUUGGCAAUGAAGUUUUCAAAACUUUCCAACACGUAUAGAUUUACUCUAGAUGAAUAGAAAACAACCCAUCCUAAAGCUAGAACUCAUUUAGAGAUGAAAUUUUCAAAGCCUGGAUGUUAAAUUUGUGAAUUUGUUUAAAUUUAAUUUAUCAAGAAGAUACAAUGACACGUAUAUAUUAAGAUUAGAUUCCACAAAUAACACAUUUGGUUUCUUCAGACAAGCAAAAAGAUUUACUGCCUCCUAAGAAUUAAACAGGCCUUUUCAAAUUUUAAGAAAUGUAAGGUUCUGUUAAGUUAUGCUUUGUAAAUGUCUUCAAAGAAGCAUCUACCUUCUCACAUACUAGCAUGCCUUUAACAUUCCACAUCAUAUCAUGUUAUAAUUUCCACUGUCUGAGUAGCCAUUCUUGGUUGAGGGACAUCUAGGUUGUUUCCACAUUCUGGCAAAUAUGAAUAAAGAUGCUAUGAACAUAGGGGAGUAAAUGUCUUUGCUGUAUGGUGGAGCAUCUUUCUGGUGUAUGCCCAGGAGUGGUAUAGCUGGAUCUUAAGGUGGUAAUAUUCCUAAUUGUCUGAGAAAGUGCCAGAUUUUUCAAUGAUUUUUUAAAAUAUAGAACAAUGUCUUAUUUAUAUUUUUUUCUCUUCUUUGUGCUUAAUACUUGAAGGGACAGAGAAGGAAGAAGGCAGGAAGUAGUGCGUUAGCCUUCUUAUUAUACUCAAAUGAUUGUUUAAACAAUUGUAAAAGCUCUUGGAGUAUUAGAGUGUAUAAAACUUGAUUAAAAACAAAAGCUAUAAUCUGAGUACUUGCUAUUACAUUGCAGUUGUUUUCUUAUUUAUUCUUAAACUAUUGCUGUAUUUCUCUGGGUUUUUCUGAUAUGACUGUCUUGAUUCUAAUGUAUUAAUGUUGAUCUUCAAUUUCAACUAGUGUCUCAGGUUUUCAGAUUCUUCAGAUGUGCAGUAUUCUCCCAAAUGUUGUAUUCUUCUUUUCUUCAAAACUUAGACUUUAUACCUUGUAUAUCACUGUUGAAGGAGAAAAAACCCAUGCACACUGGACAGCCUUCAUAGUCUUCCCAUUUGUGGGAGCCAGGUCAGCCUAGAACACUGACUUUCCAGGCUGUUAAAAAAACUGCACAGAUUGUGUUAUCUGAAUGAAAGUCUGUAGUCACUAAAUAAGCACUGCUUCACCAAGCAUGGCAUGGUAGAGAAAAUGUUUUUUGUCCUUAUUUUACGAUAUUGAAAGAUUACUGUGAGGUUUUAUUUAUGUUUGUUUUCUUAAUUACAUGUUUACUUAUUACUCCACUUUAAUUGAAGCAACAGCUUUGUUGUAAAACUUCAAGUUGGGUGGAACUUUGAAACAUAUUAUUAUGAACACACACAUGUGUCUGACUACAUGGAUUCAUUUUCUAAUUAUGUUGUUAAAAAUAAUAUCCAAUGAUCUAUGCCCGUUUUCUUGUAUUUUCAUAAAUUUAUGUUUCAUAUAUUUGUGUCGCUGUUAAUAAAUUUACUUUA